AUGGUGGCGGUGAUUUUGGGGAUGGUGGAGUAUCUUAUGAUGUGGUGUGAUGGACGACUUCAACAUCCAAUUUCUUUUGUUUCACCUAAAUGCCGACAGAAGAGGAUAAAAGAUUAUCGGUUAGUUCUUGCCGGAGCUGCAACUUCUCGAAAAACAAGACUUGCCUCCUUCAUCUAUAGCAUUCUAUAUAGAGGUGGGGAAGGAGAGAUGGAUCCACCACCAGCGGAACAUUCAAGACUGAACUCUACUGAAGCCGUCAAGCGACACCGCCAAAUCCCAAUACGUACUCAGGCGCCCGGCGACAGCGAACAGCUGAGCAUCCACCAUCAUCGACGUCCGGCGCCACUCAACCAUUUCAGUUUCUCUCCUUCUCAGCCUCUCAGCACAGCGUUCAUGAAUCUCCUCGCUUCUCCAUCUAAUGUGCCCUAG